CUCGUAGUGCAUUAUAAGGAUAGCCCGCACAGUUUAGCCCAAUAACUGAGCAAACGCAACUUUCUCGUUCGGUCGCUCUAACUUGUUGCAUUAACAAAGAUGGGAUUCCUGCGCAAUAUGAGCUUCAUACUUUACGGCUCCAAACACUUUGGGAAACAAGGCUACGCUCGCGCGAAGGCAGGAUGGGACGACAGCGUCAUGUCCCGGCGCCUGGACGGCAAGGUGGCGAUGGUGACGGGCGCCAACCAGGGGCUGGGCUUCGUGACCGCGCAGGAGCUGGCCGCCCGCGGCGCCACCACCUACAUGGUGUGCCGCCACCCCGGCCGCGGCCAGGAGGCGGUGGAGCGGGUGCGCGCCGCCACGGGCAACAAGGACGUGCACCUGCAGGUGUGUGACGUGUCCAGCCUGGCGGCGGUCAACGGCCUGGUGCGGGAGUGGGAGGCGGCGGGGCGGCCCCUGCACGUGCUGGUCAACAACGCCGGAAUCCUGGUGCACGAGUAUGCGGCCAGCGCGGACGGCCACGAGUCCACCUUCGCCACGCACACGCUGGGCUCCUUCGCGCUGACGUGGGGUCUGGGCCGCCUGCUGGCCGCCAGCCGCCCCGCGCUGGUGGUGUUCGUGAGCAGCGGCGGCAUGUACACAUCGCAGCUGGAGGUGAAGCACGUGGCUAAUCAGGACAUGGCCCCCAAGUCCGCACCCGGCGGCGGCGGCGGCGGCAAGUUUGACGGCACGGUGGCCUACUCGCGCGACAAGCGGCGGCAGGUGGCGCUGGCGGAGAGGUUUGCGGAGCUGUGGGCGGACAGCGGCGUGACCGUUGUGUCGAUGCACCCUGGCUGGGCGGUGACGGAGGGCGUCAAGAAGUCCAUCCCCGGCUUCUACAACUUCUACAAGGACAGCUUCCGGCAGGUGGAGCAGGGCGCAGACACCAUCGUGUGGCUGGCGCUGCAGGACCCUGCGGCGCUGCAGUCGGGCGCCUUCUACCUGGACCGCGCCGUGCAGCCCAAGCACCUGCGGCUGGCGGGCACAGCCUACGACCGGGCGGCGGUGGACGAGCUGUGGCGGGCGCUGGAGGGAAUGGUGGCGGGCAAGGUGGUGCAGGCGGCGGCAGGCAUGGCGGCGGUGCCAAAGGAGAAGGGGGAGGCGGGCGGGGCGGCGGCGGGAGGGGCGGGGACGCCCACAGCGUGAGGGGCGGUGUGUGUGUGUGUGUGUGUGUGUGUGUGUGUGUUGGGGGGGGGGUUGAGGGGGGGAUGUGAGUGUGUGGCUGAAGCAAUGACGCACGAGUGGAGUGGAGUGGAGUGGAGCGGAGUGGAGUGACAGACUGCGUUACCGCGAGCGGGUGAACUGUCAUAGCGAGCCUCAGCCAGCAGAGGAGUUUAUUCGCUCUGUUCUUUUGCGGCAACAACCACACACAUACAGAUGGCCAUGGUGUUGUCGUCGGGGGCAGAGCUAAUAAUGGAAUUGCAUGGUGAGAGGGCGUGAGGGACCUUACGAAAGUCAGGGUGCCUACGUGCCUACGUGGCUGCGCGCGUCAUUACAGGGGCAGCUGGGGUGGUGACAUGUACUGAUACUUUUGAGUUGUUCCUACUAAAUGAAAGGAUCACCCCGCCCGGCUGCAUGCCCGGCUGGCAUCAAGGUGUGUGUUGGAAAGCACAUGUACAGUUACCGCAAAGACCGUAUGCGUGUGUGUUAUAAACAGCACGCGCCCAGACGUGCCCAGACGUGUGUGUGUGUGUGUGUCUUCGGGCGGCUGCUCCUGCUCCACACUCUGCUGCAUCGAUGUUGCUAGUGGUGUGACCGGUGGCGGCGCCGUGCAAAGCCGGCAGAAUGACACGACAUUGGUUGCGUGCCCCCAGCCGUGGGCGCCUUUUCAGUGCGUCGUGGCUGCUGAGAUUCCACGCCAGCGCUCAUAACAUGAUAACACAGCCGCUGCCGCACGUCCGCACGUGCUGUACUUUUUCCCCC